AAGAAGAAGAAGAAGAAGAAGAAGAGGAAGAAAGAGAAAAACAAGAGACAGAAUGAGCAAAACGACGUCGAACCAAAUGAGAUACCCACGGUCAGCAUCGCUGUGCCCGGUUCCAUCAUCGACAAUGCUCAGUCUCUCGAACUUGCCACCCGGUUGGCUGGUCAAAUUGCACGUGCCGCAACCAUUUUCCGAAUAGAUGAGGUGGUGGUAUUUGACAACAAUAGUAGUUCAACGGAUGAUUCAAGGGUUACCGCUACGGCUGACAAUUCGGGGGAGAAUGAAAGCGGUGCAGCUUUUCUUAUAAGGAUCUUGCGGUACCUUGAGACACCACAGUAUCUAAGAAAGUGCCUCUUCCCAAAACAUAACAACUUGCGUUUUGUGGGUCUUUUGCCCCCACUUGAUGCUCCACAUCAUUUGCGCAAGCAUGAAUGGGCUUCAUAUCGUGAAGGUAUCACAAAAAAGGAACGGCAUCCAAACUCUGCAGGAACACUUGUUGAUGUGGGCCUCAGUAAAAAUGUUUUGAUUGAGGAAGUACUUGAACCUGGAGUAAGAGUUACCGUUCCUAUGGGAACCAAUCGCAAUUUGGAUGCAGAUCUACCACGCCAGGUUGUCUCAUCUUCCAAGCCUAGGGAAGAGGUGGGAACGUAUUGGGGUUAUAAAGUGCGAUAUGCUUCCACUACCAGUUCUGUUUUCAAGGACAGCCCUUAUAUGGGUGGUUAUGAUUAUCUGAUUGGUACCUCAGAGCAUGGUCAGUUUGUGAAGUCUUCAGAACUUACACUACCUUCUUUCAGGCACCUAUUGAUUGCUUUUGGUGGACUUGCUGGGUUGGAAGAGAGCAUAGAAGAAGACAAAAACUUAAAGGGUAAAAAUGCACAUGGGGUAUUUGAUGCAUACUUGAACACGUGUCCUCAUCAAGGAAGUAGAACAAUUCGAACUGAGGAAGCUAUCUUUAUAUCGCUUCAGUACUUUCAAGAACCAAUCAACCGUGCUUUGCAGAGAUUCGAGCAUCAAAAUUAUUCAGCUUGAAAUCAUCAAAGAGCGACAUCAUUGAGAACUUCACAACCAUGGACUACCCUCAACAGCUUGAUUCAAGGCCGAGCCUGCAAGGUAGUUUCUGACACUAGGAAGAGAUGGUGGGGUGUUAUACAACCGGACCGCAUUAGGUGUUGGGUUGGUUGGUUGACUCACGGUUGGAAUUGACCCUUAGCCUGUGAAUUUUAGGUUUGUUGUAACAGAAUCUUUGUUUCAAAAAAGUCAAAUCAAUUAACAGUUUUGAUUUUAUUCACUUUUUUUUUUUCUUUGUAUUUAAAAUUGAAGUUAUCUAAGUUAAUAAUUAAAAACUCUGAUUUAAUUUUUUUGUUUA